AUGUCUCCCAGCCAUGGUUUGGUGCUUGCUUGCUUCGUUGCGGUGCUGAAUGGCCCAACCGCGCUCCGAUUGGAAAGGGGCUCCAUCUCAUCCGGGGAGUUGGCGCAGCGCACCCAGCAGGCGGUACCUUUGGAAUGCCCAUGGGGCAAGGUUCAGGCACGUGGCACAGCAACGGUGGAAGAUGAAUCUGCUGCGCAGGAGGUGUGCGCACCUGAAGUUUCCGACUGGCAAUCCGAAUUUGCUGGCUUCAAAAAUUGGAGCGAUGCUUUGCGCGAAGCCCCAUUAUCGGCUUCAGAUAUCCGUGAGCAGAGCAUGCUCGGUGAAGCUGUUCGCACACUGAAACAAAAGUCGCGUCAACCACAUAUAGCUUUCAUCGGAGAUUCUUUGAUGCGCCAGCAGUAUUUCAACUUAGCAUCGUGGUUGAUACACGGGGAAGCUCGGCCUGAGAUGCCCGAGAAAUUGCCUUCCAUUGAGACCCACUACCAUGACUUUUGGACAGCAGUUUACCGCCACCAGAACAGCGAGUUGCAGGCUGACGGUGUUUCGGAAAUCUGCCACUGUGGCCGGAAAGACGAAGCGCUUUAUGUGGAGGAUCGUUUUGUUGCGUUGCCUGCGAACGGAUCGUCGAUGUCGUUCUUUGGAUGGUUUGGCGAUGCGCCUUUCCAUGGAUAUUUCACUCCCCCAGACGAGCGCCCCACGCAAAUCAGCUGCAAAGCUGGGACAUGUACUUCGCCGUUCCGUUGGACAAUCAAACAACCAGCAUGGCAAACUGCUCGAGGUGUAGUGCAGUUACUGAACAGCGUGGUGAUGAAAUUACAGCCCAAGCCGACGCACGUCGUGGUUAAUUCUGGCAAAUGGGGCCAUUUGAAUACGGUCGGCUUGCGCAAUUUGUUUGCAGCAGGUGCUGAGAUCCAGAAGCGCGAUGGGAUCAGGUUCAUGUGGAAAACUGUGACCCAUGGCAGAAGCGAUACCAAGGACGAGCAUCAAACAUUUGUCGAUCAGGAGAAGAAGCUCGCACGCGAAUAUGGUUGGGAGGUGUUCGAUGCAUACAGGAUGACCAGCGCUUAUCCUAUGCGAGGCCAGUACUAUCGGGACCCAACACAUUUAUCGAAAAAGGGCUACAACGCACCUCAACCGUAUGUACCUGGAUAA